AUGUUUCAAGUUGUUGCGUUUUUGUUAUUAAUGCUCUCGUGUAAUGUUUUUGCUGACGUUACCGACGGUACGGAACUCUUGUUAACUUUCCUGAUCCAUCGUCAUGGCGACAGGACUCCGGUACAAUCCUUUUUAAAAUAUAGCAACCAACCUGAGGAAUUAGCAGAGCUCAGUGCCCCAUAUGGGUAUGGACAAUUAACACCAAGAGGUAAACGACGUGCUUACGCCAUGGGAGAGUCUCUUCGUAACCGCUAUGAUAUACUUUUGGGGCCUACAUACAACUUUUCACAAGUAUAUAUUCGGUCUACUGACUCCACUCGUGCUAAAAUGAGUAUUCUCUCAGCUCUAGCAGCUAUCUACCCUCCAACUGAUGACCAUCGUUGGAGUGACGUCCUAGACUGGUUACCUAUACCAUACACCACUGUACCAAGCAAAUAUGACUUUAAUUUAGCUUUCGCCAACUGUCCUGCAUUCUCAGAUGAGUACAAAUCUCUAGGUCUCAAGUCACCAUUACUAGCACUAUACAGUGACGCCCUCAGUGUGCUGAGUAAAAGGUUCAAUACUGAGGUAACGGAUAGCUCUAUGCUCAUAUAUUCACUGUAUGAUCUGUAUGUAAGUCAGAUUAGUUUAGGGUUACCUUUGGAUGAAGAUAUAGCAGAUGUCAUAGAUGACCUAGGAGCGGCUGCUAACGUAGCUGUCGAUUUGCUGUUUGGCGAUCCCAAGUACAUAGCGUACCAAGCUGGUGUGCUACUCCAACAGUUCUAUGAAUAUUCGGCGCUCGUCAUCGACGGUGCUGAUACCCAAAAAGUCAGGAUAUACUCAGCACACGACUUCAAUGUGUACUCAUUCAAAGCUGUCGCCCAGAUAACGCCAAGACAAGGUGUACCCAAAUAUUCCUCUGUGUUCGCAUUGGAGCUACGAAAAGUCUCCGAGACAGGUCAAAUUGUUGUUCUUCCUGUCUACUUACCUGAACCUGGGGAAGAGGCAAUUUACCUGCAAGUGGACGGGUGUGACCAGCUUUGUGAUUACAACCAGUUCGUCGAAAUCACCCAGCCGUACUCAUUCGAUGAGAAAACUUGGAGAUCUGAGUGUGGUUUCACUGAAGACAUUGUUAUUGAUGAGUCCAGUUUUCAAUGA